AUGUCAUCUCCAAAAACCCGUGCCAAGGCUUCCCCCUCUCUUCCUCCUACUUAUAUCUUUGGGGCUGGUGUUAAUAACCAUGCAAUAGAGGUUCGAAGCAAGCUCCAUCCAUUUGCCCAGAAGAAUCUGGACGAAAAUGUCCUUCACCUGUUUGAAAACACCUUAGUUCUAGGCCCUCAUUGGUUUGGCCAUGUUCCUACUGAAAUGGCAGAACUAUUCAAGAGUGACGCUGAAGCUCCUUUGCGUUUUCAGAGUUCUUCUACCCUGGCUUCUCAUAUCUGGGUUAGUAAGAAUUUGAGUCGCUCCUAUCCUUCCAGUGAAGUGAGGAACAACACGGUGAAGGAUGAGAAUCUUUUGGCCGCUGCCCUGUGUUCCUGGAAUUCUGUCAAUAACACCUUUGACUUUCACCUGGGCCCAAUGACUCCUACCAUCAUGGCUCAGAUUUUCGGGUUCAGACCCCAUGGAAGACCUGUGGAUGCAGUUGCUGAUUGCCACAGAAGGAAAAAUCAAGAAACACUGGCCAAGCCAUUCAUUAUCUCUUUUGCUACGAUAAACCAGAACUGCUCGUUCUUAAAUUAUUUGAAGAAGUUCAGCACGGAGAAAGAUCGAGAUCAGCAACACAUGUUAUUCCUCUUGUAUUGGCUGAACAGGUUUAUCUUUCCUAACCACUCCUCAACAGUUCUGCUUAAGUAUAGACAUUUGGCGGAAGCUUUGCAUAAUCAUAUUGAUGUGGGGCUUGGUCCAAUAGUUCUGGCCCGUUUAUUCAAGAAUCUGCAUACUGCUACUCUGGAGAAUCCCUUGAACCUGUCUGCUCCUGGUGCAUUUUGGAUGGUUCAGAUCUGGCUACAAGUGUACUUUCCAGAGCUGAGGUUUUCGAAUGUAGUUUUGCCUGAUGAUCAAGUUCUAGCGCUUCCUUUGAUGACAGCAGAAGUGCCCAAGUGCUCAACUGAAGAAUACUUGAUGUUCUUCAGGCACUGCACCAAGAGGCUGUUUGAGAAGGAACGUGAAGAAGAAGAAGCCAGAAUCGAGUUCAGGAAGAAAUUCCUGAGUGUGACCCUGCCUAGGGAUCUGCCUUUUUGA